AUGGCACUUCAAGAAAUAUCACAUGGAGAACAAGAAGUUGAAAUUCAUGGAGAUGUACUGGAAGCAAUACUCUCGUACGUGCCACUCAUCGAUUUGGUGCCGGCCUCUUGUGUUUCCAAGUCGUGGCGUUCCGCCGUGGCCUCCACCCUCCGCCACCUCAAAAAGCCGAAACCAUGGCUGAUCCUCUACAAACAAGCCACUCGCUCGCCUUAUGCUGCUACAACACUCGCAUACGACCCGUGUUCCAAUCGGUGGAUCAAAAUAUCCAAGCCGUCGAUGAAUUUCAAUUCGGCACUCAAAUCGUCUCAGUCUCAUUUCCUUUACAUGCUUUCGUCUUCGAAAUUUUCGUUCUCGUUUGAUCCGUUGAAUUCUAGGUGGUAUCAUGUGGAUCCUCCGCUCGUGUGGCGGACGGAUCCAAUUGUUGCACGUGUGGGGGAUUCUGUGGUGGUUGCCGGCGGCGUUUGCCAAUUUGAGGACGAUCCAUUGGCGGUUGAAGUGUAUGACUUCAAUACACGUGCGUGGUGCACGUGCGAGUCCAUGCCCGGGAGUUUGAAGGAAUCAGCGGCUUCAACUUGGCUCUCAAUUGCGACUACAAAAGGGAAACUCAUUGUUACAGAGAAACAAACCGGUGUGACUCACUGGUUUGACUCGGAAACAAAAUCAUGGUCCGGACAGUAUAAUCUGAACCCGGGUCAACCCGUUGUGAAUUACAAUAUUGGGUCCUUUGACGACGAUUUGAUUUUGGUAGGCUUGUGUAAAAACGUUGAACGAUUCAAGAUAUGGAAAAUGAGUACUGAAAAUUUUUACUUCGAAGAGAUUGGAGAAAUGCCCUUGGCGUUUGUUGAGAAAUUAAAGAGUGAAAGUUUUGGACUCUCUUCGAUAAAUGUUCUUGUGGGGACGAAUUUAGUGUACAUGUACAAUUCAUGGGAGGUGGAGGAGGUAGUGGUGUGUGAACUGAUAUGCGGCGGAGGCGGCAGUGUUGAAGGUUGCAGGUGGUGGAGUGUGGAAAAUGUGGUGGCGCGUGAAGGAAUGUUGAAGGAUAGGUUGGUUUCCACAUGCUCUGAAGUUGGUUUUGAUGAGUUGCAGCGAGUCAUGAGGACGGACAACUGGAAAUUUGAGGUGGUGAGUCUUGAGAAAGAAACGGUCAAAUCAGCGGAACCGUGA